AUGCUCGGCUGCAGGCCAUGUCCGGGGUUGCGCAUCUGUGCGACGACGUCUCCGGUAGCAGCGUCGUCACGGCUCCGUCUAACAAGACAGGCACGGAGCUAUCAUCCUCCAUUAUUAUUUCAAUUUAGCCCGAGAACACAUCACCCACUUCGGCCACCACCACCACCCCUACAACGUCGCGUGUACUACACUGCCCUCUCCCCAGCCUCCAGGGUGGCCUUUUCCGACCGUUCUUUACAUCCCAAUUCCUCCUUCUCCACAACAGACAAUUACUUCUCUACAACAACAAGACCAACAACGUCGUCAUCACCACCACAAUCACCCCUGAAAAUGGGUCAACAACACCGCACUCACGCCGGCCACAGUCACGGCCACCACCACCACCACGACAACAUCUACCUCACCUCCCAAAACAAAUCCGACGCCGGCGUCCGCAUCACCAGAAUAGGCCUCUAUUCCAACCUCGGCAUGGCCAUCGCCAAAGGCCUAGGAGGCUACGCCUUCAACUCCCAAUCCAUGAUCGCCGACGCCUGGCACUCCCUCACCGAUUUGGCGUCUGACGUCCUCACCCUCGCGACCGUGUCCUGGUCCCUCCGCCCACCAACGGCCAACUUCCCGAUGGGCUUUGGAAAAGUCGAGAGUCUCGGCUCGCUGGGGGUGUCUAGCAUGUUGCUUUUUGGAGGAAUAUUCAUGUGCAUGUCCAGCUGCGAGACUCUCUACGCUCACAUAAUGUUGGAUCCCGCCGCGGCGGCAGAGGCGCUGUCACAUGGACAUGGUCAUCACCAUCAUGGGCAUGGGCAUGGGCAUAGUCAUGGAGGAGGAGCGCCGAGUCUACACGCUGCUUGGCUUGCGGCUGGUACGGUGGCUGUUAAGGAGUGGUUGUAUCAUGCCACAAUGAAAGUAGCCCGCGAAAGAAAAUCCUCCGUCCUGGCGUCAAACGCGGUACAUCACAGGGUUGACUCUUUAACCGGCAUCGUAACCCUCCUUGCCAUCCUCGGAGCGAACUUUUUGUCGAAUGCAGCCUGGCUUGACCCCGUCGGCGGGCUGUUGAUCUCUUUACUUGUCAUCAAGGCUGGGUUGAGCAAUACACUCUCUGCGCUGUACGAGCUCGCUGAUCGGUCUAUUGAUGAGGAAGUUCGCAGUUCGAUCAAGUCACAGGUUUCAAAGAGUAUUGGAGAGCUAGGGGAGUCGGGGAACGUGGAGUUGACGGACGUGAGCGGGGUCAAGUCGGGGCAGAACUAUCUUGUUGAUUUGGAGCUGGGGGUUCCGGGGGAUUGGACGGUGGAGCAGGUGAGACAAGUGGAGGAGAAGGUUAGGGAAAGGGUCGGGGGGAAGGUGAGGGGGGUGAGGAGGGUUAGGGUGAGGUUUGUUCCUACAGGGCUGGAAGGGGGAAGGGGGCUGGGGGAGGAGUUUAUUGCUGGGGAGGUUAGUGCUAGGAGUAGUCCUGAGCCCGAGGAGGAGGGGAAUGGGCAUGAUCAUGGGCAUGAGCAUAAGAAGGAGUUGUAA